ACCAGCGAUCCGCCUGUAACAACAACCGGUUUUGUAACGUCCACAAGUUGAGUGUUGAAAGAUGUGGAAUAUUCUCAAUAAGUACUUUCUCUUUGCUGCGGUGUAUCGAGUUUGCUUUUUCGAACCUGUCCAGGCAGCAUGUGGCACUCCACCACUCAUAGUGAACGCACAUGUUGUGGGUGUGAAAGUGAUCUAUGAACCCGGUGAAGAAGCGGUGUACUCCUGCAAUGUGGGCUACAUGGGAAUUGGUCGGAACAGGAUUGUGUGCCCCAAAAACGCGCGAUGGAAUAAACCUGGUAUUAAGUGUGAACCAAAGCCUUGUCCCAUACCACAAGUAUUGGAAAAUGGAAUGAUGCAUUCAACUGAGUUCAAAUUUGGGAAAACGGUUUAUUACAGUUGCAAUGAAGGAUACAUUCUUAGGGGCAAAAACAGCAGUUACUGCCAAUCAGAUACGAUGUGGAGUGAUUUGCAACGCAGCUGUGAACCUGUCCGAUGUUCUCCCCCCACUCUGCCUAUGUAUGGAAGCAUAAAAUUUUCCAAUCCACACGGAGCCACUGAUAUUCCAGUCUUUGGGGAAAGCGUCACUUACAGUUGUAACCAAGGCUUGGCUUUGAUUGGGAAUGAAACAAGCUUCUGCCUGGCCAGCGGGAAGUGGAGUCAAGCACCAGUAUGUAAAGAAGUGAAAUGUCCUUCGCCACAAAAAAUAGUAAAUGGAUUUUUGGUGUUUGCACUGAAGAGGAAUUAUAACUAUCUGGAGUCGGUUCAGUAUGGUUGUGUUCAAAACUACGUCUUGGAUGGUUCAAGGGAUGUAACAUGCCAAAAGUCAGGAAACUGGACUGACGUGCCUGUAUGUCGAGCCGCAUGUAUCCUGAGUGUGAACAGAGCUCGUAUAUUCUAUAAAGGAAAAAAACUGUGGAUUAAGAAUCUCCCCAGUAAACGAGUGCAACACAGAGAAAUGGUAGCUUUUUACUGCGAAGAUAAAAAGCAUAAUUGUGGAUACCCAGUUCUAACUCAGUGCAUAGAUGGGAAAAUCGAAGCUCCUUCAUGUUUUCAAGAACCUUCGGCAGCCGCGUAUAUGUUCAAUUGGAAGCUUCCAUCAGAAAUAACACAGUGUUAAAGCAGGAAUCAGGGGUCAGAUUUCAUCCAUCAAGCAUUCUUACAGGGAAUACAUCCUGGAUGACAUCAAGCUGCAGAGUUUUGAAAAUUCUGGUUAAAUCUGAAUCAGAAAUGCAUGAUCUUUUCCAUAAUGCUGAGUGAUGUGCUUUUUUUUGGACUCUUUUCAAAUGCCACGUGUUAUGAUGUACAGUGCAACAAGGCUGGCACGCCGAAAAAGGAUUGGUGCAGUUCAAUAGUGCAGUCUGCCCAGUAAAACUGAUGUUUUCAUCUGCACCUAGAUUAUUGUGGGAAAUCCAGAUGGUACAAUUUGAAAACUUUUGUUCAAUAUUUUAGGUAAUGACAUCUCAGAAAUCUACUGUGCUAAUGCUUAAUCAAUAAAAUCUGUGAUAAU